UAAAAUGAAAGAACCUGUUUAUUCAAUGGAAUUAGGAGAAUUAUAAGGUAGAUUUAAAAUUUAAUUAAAAGGAACUAGGCCAAGAGUAUUAAGAAAGGAAAGAAAUGUAGGUGCAGAUAAAUUUAUAUAAGCCUAUCUUAGUAAUGAAAGUAAAUAAAUAUAUAUAAUAAAUAAGAAUUGAAAACAACUUCAAAUGAUAUAAGAAUGAGAAAUCCAUUAUUUUCAGACUUCUAAUAUCAAUAAUAAAUGUAGUAUGGCAACGGAAUGUAAUAAUAAUUUAAGAGUACACCAUAAUUAAUGCAAUCUAAAUCAGUAAAUUCAGAAAAAGCAAGACUUUUGUAGCAUCAAGAAAAUAGAGUUGAAGAUUCAAUUGAUCAAUUUCAAAAAUCAAGCCUCAUUUAAUAGUAGCAAAAUCAAGAAAUGCAAAAAUAAGAAAAAGAUAGGAAUAGCUAAAAGGAUUUUUCUCAACAAGGUUCUAAACAUAAUUCUAGAAAAUCCUAGAAUUAUGAAACUCACUCUAGCAGAGCUGAUGCAAAUGAAUAUUAUCAAAAGUUACAAAAAAAUUUGGAUUAAUAACCUUAGUACAUAAACAAUUUAAACACUUAAAGAGAUGAAUAAAGAAAGUAUGAUUGAUUAUAUUUAGAGUAUAUGUACGUAAUAAUGUACUUGGAAGUAAAGAAUAUUAUAUGCCUUAAUUUGAUAUGGAUGUUAAAUUUAGUAAUUUUAAUAAAAACAAUUAUUAUAAUAGGUUUAUAUGACAGACCAAAAUUUAAAGAUUAUACAUAUUCAGAUGCAUCCUACAAAUAAGUUGUGGAAUUGAAAAAUAGAUACUAAUUAAACGAGAUGAUGAACAAUGAAUUUGUAACAAGUUAGAUUAUCGUAAUUGCUUAGCUAGUAAAGACUAUGGAUAUGGACUGAAAGGUCAUACGAAAGUUCCUAUAUAUCCUUCCACAAAACCUUAAAAUAUUGAUAAAGAAUGAAAUAAUGAG